AUGUCACGACACGCCCAAGUGGAGGAGGUGUACGACUCCGACCCGGAGGAAGUUGCUCCCUCCGAUUCCUCGCCCGCCAACUUUGCCAAUGAGUCCCUCCUUUCUGGAGCCGGAGUACCUAUGUCUGGCUCAGUACCCAUGAGACCCGCUCCCGAACCUCAGCGCGAAAUCCCCAAGCGUUACCAGUGCCUGUAUCCGAUAUACUUCGACAAGUCGCGGACCCGCGCGGAGGGCCGCAAGGUCGGAGGUGAGCUGGCGGUUGAGAACCCGCUAGCGAGGGACAUUGUCGAUGCGGUGCAGAUGUUGGGGCUGAAUGUCGGGUUCGAGCCUGAGAAGCUGCACCCGAAAGACUGGGCCAACCCUGGACGUGUGCGCGUUUUGCUGAAGAACGAGGAUGGCAAAUUGGUUAACUCGAGGAUCAAGAACAAGCACCACCUUUACAUCCUCGUGGCGCAAUACCUCAAGGCUCACCCUACCACCGAAGAAUCCCCCUACCGUCUUAGAAUUCGAGGACUCCCUAUGCCCGAUAAACUGCCUGCUGCGCCUGCCGCUCCCCGCGGAUGGAAGAUCGGAAAGAUCCUGCCGAUACACUCUCCGGCCUACAGCGGUGGUGGAGUCAGCGAUAACCCGCUCAAGGACGCCAUGGCUGAAAUGCAGAACAUGCAGGGUAUGCCCGGAAUGCCCCAGAUACCUGGAAUGCCGGAUCUGGCAGGAAUGAUGGGAGGAAUGGGAGGAAUGGGUGGAAGUCCGUCUGCUGGAGGCAGCGAAAAGAAGAAGAAGGAUAAGAAGAAGGGCAAGGCGUGA